AUGGGGUAUUUGGCACGCCCAUCGAACGAUUCGACGCGGAUUGAUAAUCCUACGUCAGGAGCAAGAACAUCUGGCGAGAACGAAUCUUCGUUCUCGCGGGUGCGCAGCACGGCAGGCACUUCGAGUGAAGUGUCCGCGUCGACUUGCACGACGAGGAGGUCGUCGCGCGCCCAAACAAGGUCGCGUUCCCGGGAGCUAGUUGGAAGUUUUCCGAUGCAGCUGGAUGAACUGGACGCCCCAUCGGCACGAAGGCAAGAACCUUCGGACACAGGUGAACAGCAAUGUUCACCUACUAUUGGAGGUACCGAGACCGAACCAGUGCGGGUGCAUGAGGGGGCUACCGUCCUCAUGAGAGGGGGCACUCUCCAAAAAGGGGAAGGGAGCGGGGCGUCGAGCGGCCACCGCUUGCGUCACACCACCACCAGUACAUCUCGUGAAGAUGUACUGGUCUCGAAUCCUGCAGCUACAUGGACGCCAAGCCGUGAGCUUGACGUACAGGUUAUCCAUGGGGACUCGACGCGAAGGUCAGCUACUCGCACAUUGAGCCAGGGACUCAAUGUGCAGUACACCUCACGAGUGGCCAGUACAUCACAUAGUGGUGUACUGGGAUCGGACGCAGUCACGGGCUGUACAUCCAGCGUUGAGCUCGACGUACGAGCUUCACGUCGAACAUCGAGACAGGUACCACCGGUACCACGCGUGUCGAGCGAUCGACUCGACGUACAGAAUACAGGUGACCGUCUCGGCCACGACCUUACUCGGGAAGAUGGUACUUCGCGCCGUGAAGUACCAGUCUUGAACCAAGCAUGCACACCGGAUCGUCCAGUAACCGUCGAUGUGAGUCAAUGGCCCACGGACGAGGUGUUGCGCGAGUUGUGUUUCAGCCUCCUCGCGGACCAGCUCGACCACGAUUUCGACGAGGCUGAAUGCGCGGCGAGUGAUGGCGAGUGGGCCAUUUGGGCUCACUGCAAGAGAUCUGCACUCAGCUGCGGACAGGCCAUCGAGGAGAUGUCCCCACGACUGGGGACAUAUUCUCGUGCUGCUCGACGAGCAUGGGACCACUUCCAGAGGGAAUUGGAAGUGGUUCCUCUCGAGUUUGAUCCUCUGCUGGUUGCACCAUUACCUAUGGAGAUGGUGCGAUAUUGGGCCUACAACAAGCUGGGAUGGCUUGUUGUACCACCUCGCAGUCAACCUCAGGAUGACUCCGACUGGUACAACUCCUCUGAUGAGGAGCCUCAUACCACAACUCGUGAGGAUUACUCUGACCAUGUUGAGUCAGAGUCUCUCUCCGAGUCUGAGCAUCAUAGCUCGUGGGAUUCUUCGAAUCCAGGUUCUGAGGGGGCAAACGCAGUAGUAGUCUCUGACUACUACGAGCAGUCCGAGAUGGAGGAUACCUACAGUUCUUCUGCACUACCUGCUGAAGACGAGGGUAACUCCGAAGAUGCAGACUAUUACUCGGAGUCCGAGUAGUAGUCUACAUGCUGGUUGCACAACUCUGUCGAGUUGUGUAUGACAAUGGUGAACGGUCGUGUCGGCUCACUGACGUGAAGUAGUUUGUCACUGUCUACAGUUCAACAUCAUCUUUGUCUUGCCAAUUGCUACCACCGUUGGGUGGUUGCAUGUACUAUUCCUUUCUUUCCUUUUUCUCUCUGUUUCUCUGGUUAUCGCUGGGACCCGUGGUCGUGUCCAGUGGGGGAGAGUGUAACGGAUAUUCCCGUUACGGUAUAUUUUACAUUACAUAUUUGUCCUUG